CGGGUGGGCGGAGCCAUCGUCAGUGUUGGAAUGCGGCGGCGGCGACGCGGGCGGCUUCGGCUCAGGUGCUGAUCCCUGGCUGCUCCCCAGCAUCCUCCUCCACUCACAGGGUCAGAGGGACUUUGGCCCGGUGAGGGCCCCGCAGCCAUGUCCACCUUCCGGCAGGAGAGUGUGGAGGACUUUUAUGAGAUGGGAGAAGAGCUGGGCAGCGGCCAGUUUGCCAUUGUCCGAAAGUGCCGGGAGAGGAAAACGGGGCUGGAGUACGCGGCCAAAUUCAUCAAGAAGCGUCGCCUGUCGUCCAGCCGCCGGGGCGUGAGCCGGGAGGAGAUCGAGCGGGAGGUGGACAUCCUGCGCGAGAUCCAGCACCCCAACAUCAUCACGCUGCACGACAUCUUCGAGAACAAGACCGACGUGGUGCUGAUCCUGGAGCUGGUCUCGGGCGGUGAGCUCUUUGAUUUCCUGGCUGAGAAGGAGUCCCUGACGGAGGAGGAGGCCACGCAGUUCCUCAAGCAGAUCCUAGAUGGAGUUCACUACCUGCACUCCAAGCGCAUCGCCCACUUCGACUUGAAGCCAGAGAACAUCAUGCUGCUGGACAAGAACGUGCCAAACCCUCGCAUCAAACUCAUCGACUUUGGGAUUGCUCACAAGAUUGAAGCUGGGAAUGAGUUUAAGAAUAUCUUUGGGACACCAGAGUUUGUAGCCCCAGAAAUUGUGAAUUACGAACCCCUGGGGCUGGAGGCCGACAUGUGGAGCAUUGGAGUCAUCACUUACAUCCUGCUGAGUGGAGCCUCCCCCUUCCUGGGGGAAACGAAGCAGGAGACCCUGACCAACAUAUCUGCUGUCAACUACGACUUCGACGAGGAGUAUUUCAGCAACACUAGUGAGCUGGCCAAGGACUUCAUCCGCCGCCUGCUCGUCAAGGACCCCAAGAAGCGGAUGACCAUCGCUCAAAGCCUGGAACACCCUUGGAUUAAGGUGAUCAAGAGGAGGAACGUCCGCAAUGAAGACAGCUGCAAGAAGCCUGAGCGCCGCCGGCUGAAGACCACGCGCUUGAAGGAGUACACCAUCAAAUCCCACUCCAGCAUGCCACCAAACAACACCUACAUCAACUUCGAGCGCUUCUCCAAGGUCAUGGAGGAAGUGGCUGCAGCCGAGGAGAGCCUCCGAGAGCUGGAGAGGAACAAGAAGUCCUUCCAGGAAGACAUCGAGGCCCUGCUGUCAAUCUAUGAGGAGAAGGAGUCAUGGUACAAAGAGGAGAAUGAGAGCAUCAGCCAGGACCUCCGCCAGAUCCGGCAGGAGAUGCAGAAGACGGAGGCUCUGAAGAAGCAGGCGCAGGAGGAGACCAAGAACGUGGUGCAGGCAGCCAACGGCCUCAAGAGGCGUUACCGAAAGCUGGAGAACCACUACGAAGCGCUGGCCAAGCAGGUGGCAUCCGAGAUGAAGUUUGUCCAGGAGCUGGUGUGGUCCAUUGAGCGGGAGAAGCUGCAGAGCGGUGAGGGGGACGGCAGCAUCCGCUAACUGGGCCGGUGUGGGGGUGAGCUGCCCUCAGGCUGUGCUUGGGGGGUCCUGGGGUCCCCCUGCUUGACCCACGGCACCGAAGGGACCUCAGUGGCUCUGCCCCUCACUGACCUGAGGUGCUGGGCCACCGACACGCCUUCGGUGAAUGGCCCUGGGCUCUGCUGGGCUCACGGUGGUGUGCUGGGGGUUUGCACCUCCCUGGACCCCCUGUGCCUCAGGGGCUGCAGUUGUGCUCACCUGGGUUUUGCCGUCCCGCGUGCGGCUCUCGCUUGCCUUGCUGGCUGCGUGCUUCCCCCGGCUGCUCCCCGCACGGGCUCGGGGACUGCUUCUCCCUGUCCCAGCCAGAGCCUGGCUGUGGGAGCGCUGCCUGGUGCCCUGCCUGGGGAGUGGGGCUUGCUGGGGAGAGCCCCCUCUGACCCUGGCAGCAGCUCAGUGUCUUGUCACGCGCGAGCCAUGACCGAGGGCUGAUUCCUGCGCCACAGCCCCACGGGUGACCCCAGCCGGGCCCCAUUCCCUCUGGGGCAUCGCAUCCCCGUCCCCCCACCUCAGCCCUCGGUCCCACUUACAACAAAAUAAACAUUUCUGUGCACCAGA